GCUCUCAGCGUGUAUGCCAUGACAUACAUAUUUUUGUUUAUCAGUUCGAGUCGGUAAAAAUUAUUGUAUGAAUUCUGUAAACUUUUAACUGCUACAUUGUGAAACUGAGACGAUUUAAAAAAUACACCCAAAAGCGAAAUGGAGAAAUUCAGCCCUAUAAAGGUGGAAGGACUUACUCGAACAGUAAAGGUACAAGAGCUUACAAUCUCCGACACUCUGGCUACGAAUGGGAAAACACCGCUCAUUAGCAGCGAUAGGUGCUCUGGUGAACCGAUUGUAACGGACGCCCUGCGGAUAGGUUCAACUGAUGUAAAACAAGAACCUAUGGCGGACAUCACCGAUGAAGUUGAGACUACAGCAGCUUGUAAUAGAAUUGCAGCUUCUAGCCCCAGCAACUCGGAGGGCUCGGAAAAGCGCAAAACCGGCGUAGGUGAUCAAUCACCAAAAAAGUACGUUUGUGAAUUCUGCAACAAAGAAUUGAGCACAAAACUCAUCUUGGCGGAUCAUAUAAGAACGCAUACCGGGGAACGACCUUUUGCGUGUGAUAUCUGCAGCAGAGCAUUCCGCACAGCUGCGAUUUUGCAAAACCAUAAAAAUGCUCACACAGGAGAUCGGGAUUUCGAGUGUGACAUAUGCAAGCGAAGUUUUUCCCGAAAGACAGAUUUGACGGUCCACAUGAAUAUACACCGCACAGAUUGUCCUUUUAAAUGUCUGAUUUGCGAUAGAACAUGCACGAGUAAUAAGAAUCUCGUCGAACAUAUGCGUACCCACAGCGAUCAGCGACCCUUCAAAUGCGACAUCUGUGACGCAUCAUACACGAGACGUCAUGCUCUAAGUAACCAUAUGAAGAUCCACAAGGUCGAGCCGUCUCUAGGCAACACAGAAGAGUUGAAGCCAAAUCGGACCGAUAACAGCCGAAGUGAUGGGCCAGUGAAAUACACCUGCGACAUAUGCGGCAAACAGUACGAACGAUUGAGAGCACUCAAAGUACAUCUGAAGCUUCAUCAAAUCACCACUGUGAGAUCUGAGACUAAAGCCCACAACGCAAAGAAGCACGAGUGUACGAUUUGUGGAAAAGGAAAUCGGGAUCGUUCAACACUCAUGAGGCACAUGAUUUCUCAUACUGAAGAACGACCUUUCAGUUGUGAUAUUUGCGCUUCAUCAUAUAAGUCAGCUUAUGACGUGAAAGUCCAUAUGAAAACGCACACCUCCGAGAGACCACAUGAAUGCGAAAUUUGCGGAAAAAGGUUUCUUAUUCCUUCUAGGCUUAAGGAGCACUUGUUAUACCAUACUGAUGAACGACCUUUUAAAUGCAAUAUUUGCGGUCUCUCAUCGAGGUCAGCAUCGAAUCUGAGGAAUCAUAAACAAAGGCAUAAGUCGAAUAGUGAAAGCUUCACAUCUGAGAAAAAUCUUGUAACACAUGCAGCUGCUCACUCUGACGAACAAGUUUUCAAUUGCGAUAUUUGCGGUUCGUCGUAUAGAACAGCUAAUGGUUUGCGGAAACAUAAGGAAAAGCACAUUUCGGAGAGCCCGCAUAAAUGCGAAAUUUGCGAGAAACGAUUUCCAAUUUCUUCCAGGCUAGCGAAGCACAUGCUUAGACAUUCAAAUGAACGGCCUUUUAAAUGCAAUAUUUGCAGCUCAUCGUUCAAGUCAGUUCGCUAUCUUCAAUCUCAUGAAAAUGUACACUCGAAAGAACGACAAAAUCAAGCACAAAUGAAAAUUGAUAAGCGAUGUGACUUAAGUUCCAAUGGAAUGAAAGGCCAAGUUUGAUUUUAUCUGAAUAGAAGGUAAUUUAUUGAACAAGAUGUUUACACAUCUAUUUCUAUCUUUCGAAUUAUAAAAUAUGAAAAAUGGCUGAAUGGUAUCGCUACACUCACCACAUGAGGUAACUCACCGCUAGCUGUUUAUACAGGUUUAUACUAUGUAUAAAGGGUUGUUCUAUACUUUUAUCAACACUCCUCUUCAACGGAGAUUGUCAUCCUUGGGCGACAAUCCCUGCAUCAGUGCUGUGCUGUUGUUAACGGAGACAUUAAAUUUUUCGAUUCAUUCCUCUCCGCACUGAGCAUACCACUUCGUGAGUGCACAAACCACCAUUUCGUCAGUAGGAAAGUAUUAUAGUUCCAUGCUACCGUCCACGCACAGCUACUUGACAAAUAUCUCCGCACUUCGAUGUGCUUGGACCGACAAUUCUUCCGCUCUGAAGAAACGAACUGGAUACAGCUUUGGUUAUCCUACAUUAUCUUAACAGCAGUCGUGCGCCCAACAAUAGCGAAUAUCAACUGUUAUUAAAUCAGUGACCUUUCAGUUAA